AUGCUUAUCGGAAUCUGUGGAGGCAUUUGCUCAGGCAAAAAGACGGUUGCUCAAUAUCUCGUUGAGCACCACGGCUUCAAACAUCUCUAUCUGGAAUCACCCGAGGAAAACCACGCCUCGUCUCAUGAGAAUGAGCAAACUCCAUCUGAGCCCUCGAGCUCAAAGUCAUCCUCUCCCCAAGGAGCAUUCAGCGGAGCCUUAAACUCCAGCGCCCUCACCACCAAGAAUGGCCAUCAGUCCUCAUCCACCACAUCUCUGGCGCUGAGACCGCUACCACAGCAACAUACGUUUGCCUCACCCGAGCUACUCCUCGACUUCGUCACUCUCCGCUGGCAGCAUCGAUUCGUCGUGACCGACAUCCCCACCGAAGCCGUCCUCGAUGUCUUCAUGCGCCGCCCCUUCUUCCUCCUCUUAUCCAUCGACGCACCCCUCACCGUCCGAUGGCGGCGGUUCCAGCAGCGAGCCAAGGUCCAGGGCCCCGGGGAAUCAGACAUCACGCUCGAGGACUUUGUCUCCCGCAGCGACAUCCACCUGUACGACCCCCAGGGCGGCUUCCAACCCCUCAUCUCACGGGCGACAGUCAGACUGCUCAACACCUCGUCCUCCCUCGCCCACCUGUACGCCACGCUCGGCAAACUCGACAUCCCCAAUCCUGAUCGCCUCCGCCCCGGCUGGGACACGUACUUUAUGGCCCUGGCGUCGCUCGCCGCCCAACGCUCCAACUGCAUGAAGCGCCGUGUCGGGUGCGUCCUCGUUGGCAGAGAGCGCCGCGUUAUCAGCACCGGCUACAAUGGCACGCCGCGAGGGAUCCGCAACUGCGCUGACGGAGGAUGUCCCCGCUGCAACGAGGGGAACAGCUCGGGCGUAGGUCUCGCCACCUGUUUGUGCAUCCACGCAGAGGAGAAUGCCCUCCUCGAGGCGGGUAGGGAGCGAAUCAGAGAUGGCGCCGUGCUCUACUGCGAUACGUGUCCGUGCUUGACUUGCAGUAUCAAGAUCUGCCAGGUUGGCAUCAGCGAGGUCGUGUAUGCCCAUGGGUAUAGCAUGGACAGGGAGACGGCGGCUGUGUUUAGCCAGGCUGGGGUCAAGUUGCGGCAGUUUAUCCCUCCACCGAACGGACUUAUUCAUCUGGAGAAGAUGGAGCUGUACUAA